GCAACCAGUCUUGCUUCGGAGCGAGCGAAUCCACUGCCCCGGCCUUCGACAGACGGGGUAACGUGUGCAGUGCUAUCGUUAUUGUCCCGCCGUCGUCUGUCGACCGGUCUUUCGUCUCUCCGCCCGUUGUAUCGUGCGUGUGCGUACGAUUCGCAACGUGCGUGCCCGCGGCGCUCUCCGUGGCGCGAGGGGUGCGGACCUGACGAUCCGGAUUCCCCGCCGCCCGCGGUUUUUGAGGCAGGUCACGUCGGAGCCUGCCUACGAGCCUGGCGUAAUAUCGCACCGCGCCGCGGCCGUCCGUCCGUCUUGCCGUGCGCGCUGACUUUGCCGGCGUGGCGAGGCGACGCGACGCGAAACGAGACGAGUGAGAACGAGCGAGAGACUCGAGAGGCAACGAGGCGGCGGCAGCGGCGGCGGCGGCGUGUCGUCGUCGUCGUUGGCGGUGCUCACCCGCCGUUAUUGUAUCGCUCCGCGCAGAGCUGCGCCACACGUACGAAUCACGAUCGCACCCCUACGGUGGUACAGUGUGUGGGCCCGUGUCCGCCGCGAGAGUGUCAGUGCGACGGCGGUCGGUAGUGUGCUCCGACACACGGCUGCGUUAUCCGCGACUGUGUGUGUCCGUGCGUAUGUGCGUGACGUGUGCGUAAAGGCAGAAGAGUGACGGGCCGGCGGUGAACGUGCGAGAGAGAAAGAGAGAGGAGAGAGAGAGAGAGGGACGGGUGCGACACAGCGAUGCUGCCGUGAAUCCUCGAUACGUGGCUGCGUUCACGCCGCGUGUACUCCGCACGACACAACGACAACAACGACGACGACAACGACGACAAGGACGACGAGGACGUCGACGACCACGACGACGACGGUGACAACGACGGCGGUAGCGGCGGUGGUGACGACAACAACGACGACGACGACUACGACGACGACGACGACGACGACGACGACGACGACGUCAACAAUCACGACGACGCUGCUCGGGCAACUGCUACGACCGGAGCGACAGAAAAAGGCGCGCACCUGCACGCGCUCCGAAUUAUCACGCAUUCACGUAACCGCGACGCGUUUCCUAACGCGUGCAGGUUCCUAGUUCGGUCGACUCCUUCGACCUCCUCCUUCUCCUCCUUCUCCUCACUAUGGCGGACGACGAGGUUCUCUUCGACGAUGUUUACGAGCUCUGCGAGAUUAUCGGCAAAGGCCCAUUCAGCGUCGUUCGAAAAUGCAUACACCGUCACACCGGGCAGAUUUUCGCCGUAAAAAUCGUCGAUGUGGCAAAAUUCACCUCUAGUCCUGGGCUCAGUACUGCGGAUUUGAAACGGGAGGCUACAAUAUGCCAUAUGUUGAAACAUCCACAUAUUGUAGAACUGCUGGAAACCUACAGCUCCGAAGGCAUGUUAUACAUGGUAUUCGAAUAUAUGGACGGCUCUGAUUUAUGCUUCGAAGUCGUAAGACGAGCAACUGCUGGAUUCGUAUACAGCGAGGCAGUUGCGAGUCACUACAUGCGACAGAUCCUCGAAGCGUUACGUUACUGCCAUGAGAAUGAUAUUAUUCAUCGCGACCUGAAGCCGCAGUGCGCCCUCCUGGCUGGCAAGGAAAAUUCCGCCCCGGUGAAGCUGCGCGGUUUCGGUGUUGCCGUACAACUCCCAACCUCGCAGUCUAAUGGCGUUGGCCUGAUCUCUUCGAGCUGUAAUUUCCCUUUUGAGGACCUGACCGACGCCGAGGAUUCAUUAGUGAGCGACACGGAGGACAAUAUCGGUCGUGUCGGAUGUCCGCACUUCAUGGCGCCGGAAGUGAUUCUACGGCGACAAUAUGGGAAACCCGGUGACGUCUGGUCGGCCGGAGUGCUGCUGCAUGUCCUGCUAACUGGUACACUUCCGUUCGUCGGAUCUCGGGACAGGCUGCGGGAAGCGAUCUGUCGAGGGCGGGUGCAGAUGGAGACACCACUCUGGGAUCCUAUCAGCGAGUCGGCGAAAGACCUCAUACAGAGAAUGCUCACGACUGACGUAAAUCAUAGGAUCACCAUCCAAGAGGUUCUCAACCACAAGUGGCUCAGAGAUCGUGAUAAGGGUGCAGCCCGUAUACACUUAGGUGACACUAUAGAAGAGCUUAAGAAAUUCAAUGCGAGGCGAAAACUGAAGGACGCCGUAAAAGCAGCCGUCUCCUCAUCGAAAUGGCACGCUCCGUAUUCAGAAGCUAAUGGCGACAAUUUCUCUGACGUCGGCGAUGACGAGAUAACUACAGGCGCUGUUGCUGAAAUUGUGGAUUGCUUGGAUGAUAUUGAGAUACUCGAGGAAAGUGAUAGACUAUUGCGGUCAGAUGUUAUCAACACCGUUGAUGAUCAUCGACUUCGAGCCAUUUUGGAGCUUUAUGACAGAAUCUCAGGUCGUGUACCAACGCCGUAUCGAGCACCGCAGACGGAUGCGGUCCAGCGUGCUCGUGACGUUGAGGAGAUCCUUCGGGAAGCUGAGCAUUCGGCGGUGCGAAAUAUUGAUAGAGCCGACCUUCGAGAACUUCAUGAAUUAUUGGUUCAGCCGCACAUGAGGGCACUUCUACAAGCCCACGAUGUUGCCGGCCACGAGGUUUACGGCGAGGAAGCCACCAGGGUAACGCCACCGCCGCUUCUCACGUAUUUAAAUGGCGGCGACGAUCUUGAGGGACAAAAUGGCGAUUUAGAUGAGAAAAUUACUCGCGUUAGACUGGUGCAGUUCCAGAAGAAUACGGAUGAACCGAUGGGAAUCACGCUAAAAAUGAAUGAGGACGGGCAAUGCUUCGUGGCACGAAUUAUGCAUGGUGGGAUGAUCCAUAGACAAGCCACUCUGCACGUCGGCGAUGAGAUCAGAGAGAUCAACGGUAUACCAGUUCAGAAUCAAUCCGUUAAUGCCUUGCAAAAGAUUCUGCGGGAGGCACGUGGAUCGGUGACUUUCAAGAUCGUGCCGUCGUACAGGAGCGCGCCGCCCCCCUGCGAGGUACAAUUGUUCAGGAUUAAGCCUCUGCCAGUGUUAAUUUUCGUACGAGCGCAAUUCGACUACGAUCCGCUGGAGGACGAAUUGAUACCAUGCGCGCAGGCUGGGAUCUCUUUUAGAACCGGCGACAUUCUGCAGAUCAUCAGCAAGGAUGAUCAUCAUUGGUGGCAAGCGCGGAAGGAUAACGCGGCUGGUUCCGCGGGUCUUAUCCCUUCGCCCGAACUUCAGGAAUGGCGCAUCGCUUGCAUGUCUAUGGAGAAGAACAAGCAAGAACAAGAUGCUGAAGGAGAAGGUGGAUGUUCUUCUCACACCGAAGGCUGCGACGGCUCGACAGUAAAUUGCUCAAUAUUCGGCCGGAAAAAGAAGCAAUACAAGGAUAAAUAUCUUGCAAAGCACAACGCUGUUUUCGACCAGCUGGACCUGGUGACCUACGAAGAGGUCGUGAAGCUUCCUUAUCCUGCCUUCCAACGGAAAACUUUAGUAUUAUUGGGAGCACAUGGGGUCGGUCGACGACACAUAAAAAAUACGAUUAUUUCCAAGCAUCCCGAUAAAUACGCCUAUCCUAUUCCGCAUACAACGAGGCCUCCACGAAGUGACGAAGAAAAUGGUCGUAACUAUUAUUUCGUAUCACAUGAUGAAAUGAUGGCAGAUAUAGCUGCUAAUGAAUACCUCGAAUACGGUACGCAUGAAGAUGCUAUGUACGGAACGAAGCUUGAAACUAUUCGCAAAAUUCAUGAAGAAGGCAGAAUGGCCAUAUUGGAUGUUGAACCACAGGCACUGAAAGUUUUACGGACUGCUGAAUUUGCACCUUAUGUUGUCUUCAUUGCUGCACCAGCAUUUGCAAACGUUACGGACUUCGAUGGUAGUUUGGAGCGUCUAGCGAAAGAGUCGGAUAUGCUGAAACAAGCGUACGGGCAUUUCUUCGACUUGACCAUUGUGAACAACGAUCUCGACGAAACGAUCGCCCAGCUGGAGGCCGCGAUUGAGCGCGUCCACACAACACCACAAUGGGUGCCCGUUUCUUGGGUCUACUGACAGCGGUCUUCACCGAUUCGUCACAUCGUCACCACGGACUGUAAUGGCUCAUCGAGGAUGAAACAGUGAUCGCUGGUGUCGUGACGAUCAUCGUACCACGGUCGACCCUCUCAUCGCGAAGAUCUCACGUCGACAGCCACUGGCGGUCAGCAAGAAUACGCUGCGGCCAGCCACCUCACGCCAGUGCACGUGGAACGUAUCCAUCGUAUCCAACGUGCCAACAAGCGUACUCGCCGCCGAUCGGCUCGACGGUGAAAACGAUGAAAGUGCGUGACUAUACGAUGGCCGUGUGUUCAUGAAAUUUUUUCCAUCGCUGCGUAAUUAUUAUUACCAGUCGCGGGACACAAGGGGGAGACCAGCGACGUAUCGUAGUCAUUCUAAUGUCGAUGAACAUCGCCGCCGCAUCUACCCACCGAGGCGUCGGACUAUCCCGAAAACGGAACGCGUCAUCUCAUCGAGCACGACGAGGAUCAGUGUGACGGCAUUGAUGUUGUCACGUGCGUCUAGAAACGGACGCUUUUUCGCGGACCACCAGCUCUCUCCUGCAUCUCCUUUUUCCUGCGUUCCAUCUUCCUCCCUCGGAAUUUCAAAGAUUAAAGGAUAAGACGAGGAGCAACAUCGAUCAACUGGGACUUCUCUUGAACGAGACUGUUGAACGAAUGCGUGUCUUUCUCUUCUAUUUCGCGCAGUCUGUCGCUUCUCUCGACACAUUCCUGGCACGAUUUCGGCGAAUUCGCACACAAAUUUCUCGCGGUUCCACGCUCGAGGCAAUCGCGUUUACUAUGAGCGCAAACUAAUGUGCAGUGAUACGGCAACGCGAUACAAACAUCAAAGAAUGUCGCGCAAAAUGUGGAAAACCAAACGAGAAACAAUAGCCGUUUAUACUUCGCGCGGACAUCAACCGAGCGACUGCAUCUUCGUACCCUUUACUUGCGGAAUCUAUCGAUUUUCCGUAAACUGUAAUUGCCUCCUAUCGUACUUUAUCGUAAUUACUUAACGAAAAGAAGCUAGAGAUUGUGCGGUACGGCAGUGCCCAUGAAUAUAUAUGUAUGUAUAUGUAUGUGUGUGUGUGUGUGUGUGUGUGUGUGUUUGUGUGUAUGUGCGUGUGUAUGUAUAGCGAAAGGCGAAGGUCCUGUCGCAAUAAUCGAAACUCGCGUUUCUCUGAUCGUUCAGCCAAAAGAGAAAAAUAUGAAAUAAAAACUGGUGUGCUGCCGGCCGUCCGUCAUUAAACUAUAACUUUAAACAGUAGAGAACUUCGCCGGUUUCGUCUAGUACUUCUGCUAAUAUCUAACGAGUGUUCAUCUCUCGUCGCGGCUACCCUUACCGCGGCGAAUCUACGCGUAUGCGCAAGCGCUUCUUUCGCUUUUUGUAUCUUUCCCGAUCGAUUCUCGUUUAUUUUUUCUUCUCCUCUUUCUCUAGCUCUCACUCUAAUCGCCCAUCGAGCUUCUCUUAUCUUUCUACUUUUGACAAUCGAGACCGCCGUCGAGGCGAGAUGGCUCGCUUGGCCGUGCACUCGCCCACCAUCGCCCAUCACCAUUCGUUGCUAUCGUCGCUCACGAGACAUCCUCGGUCGCAAAAUCAAAGAUGCACCGCGUCGAUCGACGAUCUUGUAUUUCCUGUACAGCAAACACAAAGUCCCACCGCAUAUCCCGGACGAAUGCACGGACGGCGGAUACCGAUCCGGCAGUGAAAAUUAUACAAGUGGCUCAUUCGGGAGCGCUUGUAUGAUUGAUUAUUAAGUUCGUACAAGGCAUAUAUACACAUUUACACAAAAAUACAUGCACGCACGCACGCACACACACACACACACACACACACACACACACACACACACACACACAGAGAGAGACAUACAUAUGUACACAUAUGGGCACACGUCAAAACUAAAUAAUGUCACUCGGUUCGUAUUACUUACACCCUCGUACAAAAGCGCAUAAUCGAAUGACGAACAAAAAAUGCGGAUUUACUAUAGGAUAUUUAUAAAACGUAAAUUUCAGAUAAAUAGAUAGUCUACCAACUAUAUGAAAUAAAUAAUGAGGACAACACGUCUCUCCAGUAGAGAGAUACACACGUGCACCCACGCGUCCCCAAACCCACACAACCGCCCACAUACUCUCACACGUAACACACACGCACACAACACACUCACAUACGCACGCAAUCGCAUGCGCGCGAGUGCAGGUUUACAAUACAGAUUUAACAAUUAGGUAAUUAAUUUACAAAUGAUUAAAAAAAAAGAUUAAAUGUAUGACUAAUUAAUAUUAAAGAAUUAAUAGGAGACUAAUAGGUGAUUUGCAUAUGCAUAUGCCCGUAGAACGAAGGAAUGAAUGCGUGUGUACAUGCGGGCGUGGUAUGAUAAUUUAAUGUUGCGUUUAUCGCGGAUCUGUUUAAGCUUUGGCUUCAGUCGGUCUGUCCUUCUCUCUGUCUCUCUCUCUCUCUCUCUCUUUCUCUAUCUUUCUCUCGGUCGCCGCAACGAUCUCGAAACAUAUAGGCGAAUUUAUAGGCUCGUGUCUCGCUCCCCCGAUGCGUUCUUCCUAUUACGCGCGACCACGGCAGAACAAUACGAAGCCGGUCGUGGCAAAGCGCCCGAUUAUUAUAUAUUUCAGAAACGCAUAAAUAAAGGGGAGGGUCGCAACGUCUCGUCGAAGCAAUGUUACAUUUGCGAGGACCAGUGACUCUAACAUCGGACAGAACCGAUUUUCACGAAGCCGGAUGUGAAUUUGCCGAGUAACGAGGAUGCUCGCGCGAGAAAAAAAAGGAUUGCCCGUCGGUGUGAUAGCGUUCAUAUGUGCGAAAACGCGUGGAGCAUGAGUCACAAGUGAUUUUGUAAUAUUUCUUAUAAGUUGUAGCUGCCAUAUCCAUAAUUAAGUAUUAGGUGCGUUGAGUGAUAAUCUGACGACGACUGUUAUGCUAAUGAUAGUGAUGAUAAUGACGAUGAUAAUGAUGACGAUGAUCGUGUUGGCCGUGCGUGCUGCCACACGUAUGUCUCAGUUAAUUUGGAUGAAUUGUGCUAAGAUAUUGAGAGAGACGACGGGUCUAAAGAAAACAAUAAAAAGUUCAUUAAAAUUAUGUAAUUAUAAAUAAGAGCAAGAGACGAAGAGUAUUAUAACACGUUGUUAAUUGAAUUAAUAAAAUUAGCCCAAAGUAA